GGCGGCCCGGAAUUUAACACAGAUUCAAAUGGAUCUCGAAGUUGUUGAGAAGGUUUUCCAAAAGCAGUAUAUAAAGCGUAACCAGUGACACUUACGAGUAAACAACAUAUAAAUAUAGUUAUGAAGGUUGCAGUUUCCAUUUAGAUUCCCUCUUUGAGUGAACUUUGAAGAAUGUUUUUUAGUUCUGUUUGCUGUAUGCCCGUAGGCUUGUUUGGAGGAGGAGGAGGAGAGGAGGAGAAGAAGAUGAAAGGAGGAGGAGGAGGAGGAGAGGAAGGAGGAGGAGGAGGAGGAGGAGGAGGAGGAGGAGGAGGAGGGGAGGAGAAGAAGAAGACGAAAGGAGGAGAGGAGAAGAAGAAGAAGAAGAAGAAGAAGAAGAAGAAGAAGAAGAAGAGUGGGAAGAAAGCAGGUGAAGGGGGCUUCACCCACGACGGCGACAACAGUGACUCACGACGGGGCUGCAACAGGGUGGCGACGAGCGACGGGGGGUCGGAAGGUGUCUGCGGCAGCAGCGAUCAGGGUUCACAGGAUGACGAUGAGAGCUCGGCGGCAGCAGCGAUAGGAGUUCGACGGCAGCAGCAACGGAGCUUCACUCCAUGGCGGUGAGUGACGGGGUUGCUGGAAGACGGCUACGAUCGA